AUUUGCUCCCUUCUCCUUGUCACAUUAAGCCAAUCCGGUUCUACGGCCUUACUUACUCACUAUCUUCUCUCUUUGCAUUUAGUUAAAGUCACCCUGUGCUCACUAUGGGUUGGUUUUGGGCAGAUCCUAAGCCACACCAACCGGCGCCCGUUGUUCCCAACCCUCCUUCUUUGGAGGCCUCUCCUCCGGGAUGUCCAAUGCAUGUGUCAAAUCCCGCCCCUUCGUCGGCGGCCGCGCCUUCGCUCCCUGAACCCUCCGGCGCUUGUCCUGUCCGCUCUACAGACUCCCCGUUUUAUGUCCCUCCCAAAUCUAAGUCCUCCGACGUCCCAGCGCCUUCUACUUCCGAUACCCACCAAUCGACCUUAUCAAAACUUAACCCUUUGAACUACAUGUUUUCGUCAAUCUCCCAGGACCGGGCGCCGAACCAGACCGUUGAUCUUGCGGUAGACCGUGAAGUCUCUUCCAUCCCCAGGGGCGAUGCAACCGGAAACUGGGAAUACCCAUCCCCCCAACAAAUGUAUAAUGCAAUGCUGCGAAAAGGCCAUACCGACACCCCACAAGAUGCCGUCGAGGCCAUGGUUGCUGUUCAUAACUUCUUGAACGAGGGCGCCUGGGAUGAAAUUGUUGGAUGGGAGCGCAUAUUCGCAGGAGGUCUCAUGGGAGGAUGGGAGAAGUGUCGCCGCGGCGAGGAAAACAUUGCCCUAGAUACCGCCAAAGCAGAGUUGAUGGGUACUGCCAAUGACAACCCACCAAGUCUCGUUAGAUUUCAGGGUCGUCCGCAAGAGCUUUCACCGAAGGCAACGGUUUUACAGGCUCUGGGAUGGCUGUAUCCGGCGAAGUUCGAGAGCAACCCACCUUUUGAUCGACAUGACUGGUUCGUUAUGCGACAAACACCUUCCGGCCCAAAAGAAGUGCGGUAUGUAAUCGACUACUAUUCAGGGCCUCCCGAGCCAACGGGCGAGCCUGUAUUUUACUUGGAUAUCAGACCAGCCUUAGACACGCCAACGGCUGCCGUAGAACGGCUGAUGAGAUGGGGAGGGGAUGUUUGGUGGCGAGCAAGUGGUGGUACUGUUCGUGAAAAUAGCAGGAAUUGAAGGGGUAAUGGCGCAGCAUAAUCAUUAGAGUUGCGCCCCCAAAAUACUAAUUCUCCUCUCUAUAUAACUCGCAACAAGAAAGGAAAAAGAAAAAGAAAGCACAUGCAUUAUAGAGGCGCGGGCGUCUGAUGGUCUUAUUUACUUAGAGUCUCUAUGGAAAACUGCAUAAUGAAAGCACCA